AUAUACAAAUAAUUAUAAUAUUUAUGCUACAAUAUAAAUAGUAGUAGAAUCUUUCGGGAAUAUUUGAGAUUAAAAGUUUUUAUAGUUUGUGAAGUAAAUAUUUUUAAUCUGGUCACACUUUCACUGACUUAUGUCACUGUCAAGUCAUGAAUGCUUAUUUGACUGUGUAGUGUUUGUGUUUAUAAAAAAUGUUUUGAAAUUAUAACGGCUGUCGGUUGGGUUAUUAAUUAUUGUAGUAAUCAGUAAUGUAUUAUAUGGCAGUUUUGUACGUAAUAUAACUAAUAACAUAAUUUUUUUCUCAAUCUGCGUUUAUAUUCAAGAAAUGAGGAAACACUUAAUAUAAAUAAGUGCAAAUAGAAUAUUGUGCAAUUUUACUAUAUUAUAAAACAGUGAAUCUUAAAUCUCAUAAGUUGGUAAUAUUAAAUUUGAAUAUAUUACGGACAAAACAUAAAACAACAAUGGAGCUUGUCGAUAAUAAGAACAUCAAAGAGCUGAAAAGCAUCCUAUCAAAGAUGUCACUAAAUGUGUGCUGUGUAUUGGCAGUGCCUGAAUUUAGACUUAAAUGGACUGAGGUAAUUCGAGGGGUGCGUAACUCUAGGCUGAGAAUGGAGCCAGCAAGUGUGGCUAAGGUCCUGUGUAACUAUGCUCACAGAUCUUUCCUACCAGAGGAUUUAGCUGACCUAGUUGCAAUUCUGAGACUAAAAUUGGUCACAACUCAACCUAGGACAUGGCAUGUCAUUAAAUUAGUCAAUAAGAAUGAUGAUGAACCUCCUAUACUAUCUCCAAAUUUAUCCUUUUUUUUAAAACAGGCAUUAAGAACUACAAAAAUCUGCAAAAAUCGGCGACCUCAGAUACAAACAUUUAAAAUGAACAGCCUUGUAUACAUAAGUGUUCAAAUGCAAGGCCCAACUCCAGUUUACAUGGCAGUACCUUUACAAGGAGAUGUUGCUUUAGUUAGUGCCUUACGGUCUGGUGUAAUUGCAGGACUUGUUAAAGGAUUGGGCUACGAAACGUACGAAGAUGUGUCCCUUAGCGGCCAACACAUAGACUCCCUUCUCCGUAUAUAUAAUACAGGCAACACCAAUCAGGCGGAACAUCUAUCUGGGUUGCCAGAAUACAAUCCAACACCAAUAAUAACUCAGUCGGGCAUAGACUAUACAGGCAAAGCAUAUGAUGAACAUUAUGUGCAACAAAUUAUUGGACCAGACCCACCUAUCGUGAGGAUGUUGAAAAUAAAAACAGAAAAGGAAUAUUUUAAUCGUAAUAUAUUAAAUAAGGAAAUAAAAAUGGAAAUGGACUUGAAGACUGAAGACGUUGCAAAAUCGCUAAUUCAUUGGGCCAAGUUGGGUGCGAUUCCUCCGACGUCUGAAUUAUUCCAUAUAUUUCAUAAAACUAAGUCAAACAAUUUCGUUUACCGGGGAGAUAUGAAUGAUUAGUUUAUUUUUAAAUAAAAAAGCAAUUUUG